CCGUGUCCGUCUCCACUGAAGCGGUAGCGGGGAGCGCAGAGGAGACACCGUUGCGAUGUUGGCUGUCCGGUGCGGCGGCGGCUGCGGCGGCGCCGGCGCCUACCCGACGGCUCAGAGGACAACGGCUGCUCGGAGCGGAGCCUUCAGCGGCCGCAGCGCCCUUCUUGCUGCGGGAACUGGGGCCAGGGAGCUGAGCCUUAGGGUUUCCCUCUCGCCCAACUCCCAACCCCACCGCGUCGGCGCUUCAUGCCCGUGGCCAGUGCGUUGCCCCCCCCUGUCCUUCUCCUGACAUGGAGGUGCCGCGCGUCAGUAAGAAGAAGACCAGGAGCGAGGAAUGGGAGGUGUUGAAGACGGAGUUCGGACGCAUGUUCCGCCCGCAGCUUCGCAACUUAGGGGAACUCUUUUCGCUCCGCCGUGUCUACGACAUUGAGGAUUAUCAGCUGGGCACCCUCUUUGGUGCAUUUCUUGGAUGUGUUGGCUGUUACCAACUGUGGAAGACGGCGCCUUCCAUAUUUGUUGAUGCAGUGCUCGCAUUCAUCUUCUACAAGCUCAGUGUUUUGUCCUCAGAGUUACACAGAAGCCACAAGUCCAACAGCCUGAUUACGCGGCUGAAAUUCGGCAUCAUACUUAUCAUGGUUUGGAAGGACAUCAAGAAAAACUAUGUCCUCCUGGAUGUUAUUAGACAUAUGAUGUAUCCAACACAUAGCUCCAUCCAUGACAACAUACAUACAUAAUAAGAAACAGAGUUC